AUGUCUCUCGCCAAGUUCCACCUCUUCGGCGCCUUGCCAGUGGAGAUCCAGGACAUCAUCUGGGGGCUUUGUCUCCCACGGCGUGUCAUCAGCCCAUGGUACUCUGCAGUUUCACAGGAAUUUCUUGGCACGAUUCCCGGCGAGGGACAUCAGACUGAUAUGCCUGUCCGCGCUCUCAUUCCUCAUCGUCCGCCUUUGAUCUCUCGAAUAUGCAGACGCGCACGUGCAACUGCUCUGAGAUGGGGCCAUUUCACCUCCAUUAUGGUCGAGGAGCAAGAUGAUUUCAUAUCUGAGGGACACGUUUGGCUCAACAAGAAAUCAGACUCGAUUUUCUUCAACUAUCAGACCAUGAUGUUUGGACUCGAUGAAAGUGGUGUGGCACCGCAGGUUUUUGAGCUGGCUCGCGACGUAGGGGUUCCUCUCCUCAUUGACAGCGACAUUCAAAGCGAUCACGAGAAUCCACUCCACAUCGAUUGGGAUCUGAAGCCACUCCACGAAGAUCGGGAGGACGAGGAGACGGUAGGAUCCAGACUCUACAAAAGCUUCCUCAAGGGAAGGGACCGUGUCUACUACGUCAUGAUAGAAGUCGUAUUAGUUGCGACAGGCAAGGGUCGCGAACAUGUCGUCGAGACGGGACUUUUUGGAUUGCUUGGAGAAGACAUUGCGAUCGUGCCUACUGCCGACAAAGCAAAGUUGCAGCAGUACAAGUCCUUGUACAACAUGUACGACGCCAGAGAAGCCUCGGAUGACUGCGUUGCCAUGAUUCAGCGCACAUUGGAUAGCCUCAUCAAGGGAGAAGAUCAGGAUAUGGUGAACAACGACGGCACCUUGAAGCCAGAUCACCCUCUGGUUGAACGGCUCGGGCUGUCCAUGCCUACCUGUGAGCCGGUCGUCAUCUUCGAACUUCGACGUCUCGACGUUUUGCUGGAAGACUUGUACGACUUGCGUCGAGCCCAGGAGUUGAUAGAAACAGGAUCAGAUGAGACCUCCCAGGAGUCUACAGAAACGGAAUCAGAUGAGACCUCCGAGGAGAGCAAUUGA